CUUCGGGCGGCGCAGAAAUAUUGCAGGCUGGUUAGAGAGAACAUCCAUUGCACCUCGGCGGCUGCUUCGCUCAGUGAGCAGUUUGACACUGAGCGGCCUAAAAUGGUACGCUGCUCUUUGCUCCUGUGGAUCUUUGGGCUCAUCUGCUGCGUCCACAUCUUUGUUGACGCUGACGAUGUUGAAUGCGACUUCGAGCAUGGUGUCUGCGAUUUUUAUUCGAACUGCAAGGGCGGCGACUGCUUCGUGCCCGUGCGGGCGAAGCUGGUGGACGAGGGACCCGCCGUCGAUCACACGACCGGAGGUGGUGACGGCUGGUACAGCCGAGCUCAGUUCUCCAAGAACUCCUGGCACGAGUCAGUAGCCCAGCUGGAGCUGUCGACCGCGGGGCCCUUUUGCUUCUCGGCUUGGGUGCACGUGUCCGGCCUUAGACUGCCACGCGUCGAAAUGGCCUCGCGCCAGCUGGAAGCCGACUGGUUUGUGGACGAAGCCGAGAAGGAGCGCGUCUUCUACCGGGCACAUUCAUUCCAUCCGGAUCUCUGGCACAAUGUGCUCUAUCACGAAGACCGUCGCGGUAACAUGCAGAUAGAGAUACGAACUUGGCACUUCACCAAUGGAUCCGUCGGUGUCGAUGACUUGAGUGUGACGCCCGGCUCGUGCCCCGAAGACUCUCUCGACGGAUCGUGUUCGUUCGACCGAUCUGUAUGUGGCUACGAGAGCGCACUGGACAGCAACGGUAACAAAUGGACGAGAAUUCCACCGGGUCGUUCGGUGAGCAGGAACAAGGCUGUGGCUCUGGACCACACCACCGACACGAUACUGGGUGGCUACGUCAGCCUGCUGGUGCCGGCCAACACCGUAGGCUCGGGAAUACUCACUUCCCCGAUGCUCAGCGCACCUGCAGAAGAACGCAGUCGAUGCAUCAGGUUCUUCUACUUUGUCCCACCAACAAAUCUACCCAAUGGACUCGAGCUUUUACUGAGCGAGGGCUCCGCAUUGGCAAGCGACGGGCAAGAUACUGACAUGAGAUGGCUCUGGGGUGUCGACUACAUUUCUCGCAUAAGCGGAGCCUGGAGGCCAGCUGAGGUGGGCUUCGUGACUUCGCAAACUCAUGAGCUUCACUUCCGCUGCUACGUCGAACGUACAUGGAACACCUCGUGGUACUGUGCAUUGGACGACAUCGAGGUUUAUGCAUGCGGCGACCAGAAAGGGAAGAAAAUCGGUUGCAACUUCGACGGCGGUCACCUCUGCAACUGGACGGAUUCGCCGGAGCCUUCGGGCGCUACUGGCCAAUGGCGAUUGAGCAACCUCCGCUGGGGAGAGCCGCACUUUCCCGACCGAGACCACACCCGCGGCACAUCUGAUGGAGGCUUCGUGUACGCUGAAAAUAAGGAUCUCAAGUCCGUGGUGAAGGCAGUUCUUACGAGUUCCACGUGGGACGCCAGCUGGGUGGGAGGUGCCUGCCUCACAUUUUGGCACUUCGCUGUCUUCAACCAGCCUGGAAGCUGCAACCUGACCCUAUCGCCCCUGUCCGGAGAACCCUGGUGGUCAAGCACGCAUGAACUGGAGCGCGCAUGGAAGCGGGAAUUGAUUCGAGUGUGGCUGUCGCCGGACCAGAACCAGUUUAAAUUGGAAGCUUCACUAAGUGACGCCUUGAUUGCCGUGGAUGAUGUUGCACUGGCGUUUGGCGCAUGCCCUUCAGAACAGAGGGGUCUAAGCUGCGAUUUCGAGCGAGGUCCCUGCACGUGGACGAACUCGAUGAAGAAGAGGAGAACCUGGGAGUGGCUCUUGCGUGGUGGACGCCUCAACACUGAAGUGCCGCAGCCGUCUAUUGACCACACACUGUCUUCAAAUGAAGGCUCCUUCAUGCUCGUGAGCGGCCGUGAGAUGCAAGUGACGGGCAGCGCUGAGCUGCAGAGCGAGGUUGUUGACCUGCAUGGCAUGGGAGCACAGUGCAUGGACUUCUGGUACAUGGUACAGGGUUCUCAGGGAGCACAGAUCACGUUCAAAGUUACAGUUCACCGACACCCACCUGUCACUAGUCAGCAAAGCGAAGAAGUGUGGUUCCACAAAGAGGGAAACGUCACUGCGUGGACUCUUGGCCGAGUCAAGAUUCCUCGACGUCACAGGGUGACGUUCGAAGCUGCUGUGUUACAAAGUCGUAACGGCUACGUAGCUUUGGAUGAUAUCGCCAUCUACAUCAACGACGAUUGCUCGACUAUGCCGGCAGAGGCCGCAACCGGGAAAGCAGCGUAUGUUAUACUCGAGUGCGCGUGGAACAGUCCGAAGAGAUGUUCCUGGAGUCGUCCUGAUGAAAUUGCGGGAACUUGGAAACUGGGAAGCCGUUUUCCACCGAAAUACGCAUUGUCCCCAGCUGCCUCGCCAAAUGGAAAGCCAGACGAUUUCAUCUACCUGAGCUGCAAAAAGCUUCAUUCGUCGGGUGGCACGGUAUCUGCCUCACUUGACUCUCCCAUCGUGCCUCUGCAACAGACUGCCGUAUGCGCACGUUUUGCCUUCCACAUGUUUGGUCCCGGAAAGCGGGAGCUGAGGCUCGUGCGGCGAACCCGCCGGUAUCAGUCGUCUCCACAAAGCAAGACCGAUGUUCUGUUCUGGGCGUACGGGGGAACCGUCGCAGACAGAUGGUAUCACGUUGCCCGCACCAUCCGCUUCCCAGCGCACGCGACCACGCUCGAGUUUUCUGUCUCCAGCGAUAAGUGCGAGCAAGGGGACGUCGCUCUGAGCAACAUCCACGUAACGCCCGGAGCAUGUCUAGACGACGACGGCGGCCAAGACCGAUGCGACUUCGAGCGCGACACAUGCUAUUGGCGCAACAAGGGCUGGACGCACGUCGUGACAGGCAUGAAAGGCGACAUGGCAGAAGCCAGCCUUCGUUCUGGACCGGCAAACUCUGCUGGCUUCCUGCAGCUGGUAUGGGCCAGGGGCGCUGCUAACCAGGCCAACCUGACCAGCGUGCUAUGGCCUGCCGAUGACCAACCUCGCACCGUCGAGCUGUGGUACUAUGGAGACAGGACAGAACACGGAAUGCUUAAUGUCUACCUCGUGGACAAAGCAGGCUCGCAGCUGGCGAAGAUCUGGACACUGCCGAACACUACUGAGCCUCGCACGUGGUCCUUGGCUCGUGCAGAAAUUCCCGAUCAAAGCAUGGACUUUAAGGUGGUGAUAGAGGGCAAGUUUGGCCCACUUUCUAACGUCAACUCUGUGAUUGCUGUGGACAACGUGCUCCUUGACUUGUCUCUACUUGUUCAUGUGGCUGACUGUGAUUUCGACCAAGAUCUUUGCGGAUACGUCAGUAGAUCUGAGUCGGACUUUCGGUGGAUUGUGGGCACUGGUCGUGUGCUUAGAAGACAACCGCAUGCCCCAGCCUACAAUCUUAUUUCUUCCGGUGCAGGUAAUCCUGGCCGAUUCGCCUACGUGGACACUACAGUACCCACAAACAAUUCGGUCACACCGACAGCCACCCUCCGCAGCGCCGAUUUCAGCUGCAAGGGCAAUGAAACAUUGGCUGUACGCUAUUUCAGGAACGGAACAGCUUUACAGUCUUUCCAAGUCUACCAGCUGGUAGUAAACAGCGGAGACAAAGGGACGAUUCGGCUCCUUCUAGCCGACCUGUCACCAGGCGAGCAAUGGCAGCGCGUCGAGCUACCGCUGCACAAGGCCGACCAGAGCCAGCUCGAGUUCACGCUCACGGGUUCCCCCAAUAAGAGAGGAGGAGUCGCGGCUAUCGCGAGCAUCAGUGUCGCAUCUUCAGCGAAAGGUGGGCCAGAAACACCAGAGGAACCAAUUCCAGAUCUUUCGUGCGCGUUUGACAAUGGCAGCUAUUGCCUCUGGAAGCCGGACACGAAUUCAAAAGGACAGCCGCAGUGGGAACUCAGCGACCCGGCUACAGGACAACCCACUUUCCCACUGUUCGAUCAUUCAAUGAGGAACUCAAGUGGUCGGUUCAUUUUUAGCAAAAGCACUGGCUCUACUACGUCCGUGAACCGCAUAAAGAGCCUACCUUUGCCACUCCAGCUGUCAACAAGCAGCCUCUGCUUCUCGUUCUGGUAUUUCAUGCUCACUGAUCGCAACAGCAGCAUAAGCGUGACAUUGGCACCGUCAAGCUCCCCUUCUUGGCUCGAGUCCGGCGCAAGAACGACCGCAUGGACGCCUGCUGUGGUGUACUUCGCAGGAUCAGCAGCUUCAAUUAGGACUCAGAUUGUUGUUGAAUCAAGCAUACAGGAUGGUCUAAUCGCAACGGACGACUUCUCAGUAGCCCAGGGUGGCUGCCCAAUACCAUCUCUCUGUGCUUUUGAAGGUAGCGUCGAAUGCGGCCACACUCGAGACAUCAGCAAUGUUCGGGAGUGGACUGUGCAGCGGGGUUCUGAGCUCGGUGUUACCGAUCAUACCUUGCGAAGCACGUUUGGUCACUUUCUGUACUUGAACACAACGUCCGUGAGGCAGAGCCGUAACUCCAUCGCAAGGAUCCAUCUUCCUGUUCGCAAUGCAACGCCGAAUACCUGCUUAACGUUCUGGUGGCGCGCCCAUGGAGACCAGAGCGAGCUCAAUGUCUACAGGUUCGUUCACGCUCAGGGCCUCGGCAAUGCACUCCUUUCAUUGGAGACUGAAGAGAGCGUCUGGUGGAAUGGCCGCUCAGUAAACAUCACCUCUGACAGGCCUUGGCAGGUGGUAUUUGAAGCACGAAUCCUCGACUUCUACUGGACUGAAUCUGGCAUACUUCUAGAUGACAUCGAGAUUCAGGAGGGGCCAUGCCCAGAUCAACACGCUUGCACUUUCGAAGGACCGACAUGUCUUGCAUGGGAGAAUUCGCAUGACCCAUUCACUUCUGGCUGGUGGCAUCAUGAACGGGCUGGUCUCUCCAUGUUCCACUCGGACCAUACGACAGGAACCCCUGAAGGGCACUACCUGCGCUUCUCGGCCAAUGCUCCGGGACAACUUGCGGUGCUGACGGCAGCCGGCGGCAGCGGUGACGCCCGGUGUGCAACCUUCUGGUAUCUGCUCUCGGAUGAGCUUGACGGCCUCAUCCUACUGGCAGGACCCACUUACUUCAACGAGUCCACGCACGGUCAAUGGCGUUCGGCCCAAUUCAGUCUCACGAACAACUACAGGUCUAUCAUCGCUGUAUCGGGCACUAACCCCAAGGCAUUUUCCCUGAUCGACGACCUGCUCGUUAGCGAUGACGACUGCACCACCGAAGAGGCGGUGACGGUGGCCACCGCGCACGUUACUGAUGGUGAAGAAAAAACGCAACCGAUAGCCCCUUCAACGGUGGUUAUGACUACUAGACCCUCAUCUUCUGUGGGUACCACAAUGGUGUCUUCAACGGUUUCCACCACGCCCGUGUCCACCACCACAUCAGCGUCGACUUGUGGCAAGGGCAUGUUCAGCUGCCGCGACGGCAAGCGCUGUGUCCCUGCACUGCUCAUCUGCGACGGCGUUCGUGAUUGCCCCAACGGAGCUGACGAAUUAUGCGGAGACCGCGAUUACUGUCCCGGUGCUCAUUACUUUUGCCGGAAACCAUCAACAUGUAUUGACGCGUCCAAGCUGUGCGAUGGUCAUGAAGACUGCAGCGAUGAAUCGGACGAGGUUCUCUGUAAUGACUGCCCACUCUACUUCUGUCGCAACGAAGGAAAUUGCAGCUUACAUUCGAUGUCUGGAGCACCAGAAUGCACGUGCACGGCCGGCUUUCAAGGAACUCGAUGUCAGAGAAAGCUCGUGCGAGAUCACACAGCGGACUCAAUAGUUUCAGGUACAAGUGGAGGUUGGGCAUAUGGUGCCCCCAUACUGGUACUCAUCAUCCUGGGCCUGACCGUCACAGUUAUCAUUUACGUCAGGCGGAAAAGGAACAAGGAGGCACGCCGUGAAAUGGAGCAGAGCAGCCAAGUUGCGGUAGAAAAUCCGAUUUACGGGCUUGAGUUUGGCCAAGAGGCCACGCCAAAUCAAUCGACGCUGCCAAGAGACUCGUGGUUAUCCAAGACAUUCAGGUUUCCACGAACUAGUCGCAUUUCCACGAGCGAAUGUUGAUUUAAGCUGUUUCAGUCAUUUGUUAAUGAAUGUAUUACGUUGUUAUUACAAAUAUACGCCAUUUUCUUUUUUUUUUCAUCAUUAUAAAGACAAUGUUUUCAUAGGUUCGUAAGACGCACCUCCAAGCAAUAUUUGCCAAACAUUUACUUAAUAAACUCCCAAAACCCUGCCAAAGAGUAUGAUACGCGAUCGUCAAACUGUACAUAGGCAUGCAUCAAAUUUAAAUUGAAUAAAUAAUAU